UCGACUGUCAUUUGACGCCAAACGCGCGUCGCACGCACAACGCUCGAGAUUCCCCCCGAUUUCAGUGUCUAUAUAUAUUUCUACACGAUAUAUUCAAGUCUUGGCCGAUCUUCGUUGUGUGGAGGAGCAUUAAGAAAUGGUGAAUCAUAUAGCGCUCCUGCUCCUGGGAGUGAUAUGUUCCUGGCCAAUUGCAACGCUGGCCAGUGAUCAGCCCUCUCGAAUUGUCUGCUACUUUAGCAACUGGGCAGUGUAUCGACCUGGAAUCGGACGCUAUGGAUUGGAGGAUGUGCCUGCCAACCUGUGCACUCAUCUGAUUUACUCCUUCAUCGGUGUCAGCGACAAGAGCUGGGAUGUCCUGGUGAUCGAUCCUGACUUGGAUGUCGAUCAAGAGGGCUUCAGUAAGUUCACACAAUUGAAAAAGAGCCAUCCCAAUCUGAAACUGCAGGUGGCAGUGGGUGGCUGGGCCGAAGGUGGCUCAAAGUACUCCCAAAUGGUGGCUGUUCGAGAUCGCCGCCAGAGUUUCAUACGUAGUGUGGUACGCUUCAUGAAACAGUACAACUUCGAUGGAUUCGAUUUGGACUGGGAGUAUCCGGGAGCCACGGAUCGCGGUGGCUCCUUUGGGGAUAAGGACAAGUUCUUGUAUUUUGUUCAGGAGUUGCGACGAGCCUUCGAUCGCGAGGGUCGAGGAUGGGAGAUCACCAUGGCUGUGCCGGUGGCCAAAUUCCGGCUACAAGAGGGCUACCAUGUCCCGGAAUUGUGCGAAUUGCUGGAUGCCAUUCACGCCAUGACCUAUGACCUGCGGGGAAAUUGGGCCGGAUUCGCCGACGUGCACAGUCCGCUGUACAAGCGAAAACACGACCAAUACGCAUACGAACGGCUGAAUGUGAACGACGGCCUUGCAUUGUGGGAGGAGAUGGGCUGCCCGGCCAACAAGCUGGUGGUGGGCGUCCCGUUCUACGGCCGUACCUUCACGCUGAGCAAAUCGAACAAGAACUACAACAUGGGCACCUACAUCAACAAGGAGGCGGGUGGCGGAGCUCCGGGUCCUUAUACCAAUGCCAGCGGCUUCCUGGCCUACUACGAAAUUUGUACGGAGGUGAUGGACAAGUCGAAAGGAUGGACCGUGGAGUGGGACGACGCCGGAAUGGUGCCCUUUACCUACAAGGACACCCAGUGGGUGGGCUACGAAAAUGAGGCGUCCGUCCAGAUCAAGAUGGACUACAUCAAACAGAAAGGUUACGCCGGCGCCAUGACGUGGGCCAUCGAUAUGGAUGACUUCCAUGGAAUGUGCGGCAAGAAGAACGGCUUGAUGCAGAUCCUCUACGAUAACAUGAGGAGCUAUCGCGUUCCGGAACCAACAAGGGAGACAACACCGAGGCCCGAGUGGGCAAAGCCGCCAGCAACUCCUCCAAAUCCGGAUGAGGGUCAAUUAGUCCAGACUGAACCAACGACGACCACCACAAAGAGGCCAAAGCCAAAGCCCAAGCCAACUUCGAGCCUAGUAAGCCCAACAUCUGGACCUGUGCCAACCGUGGGUAGCACAACCCAAAAACCAACCACAAAGAAACCUAAAAAGCCCAAGAAGACAACCACCAGCACCACCACAACAACAACUCCUGCUCCGGAAAAAAAUACUGAAGAGCCCUUGGAAGUUGUAGAUCCCGCACAGCCAAUGGAACCCCAGUUUGAUCCCAACGAAAUCGAUUGCACCAACCGAGACUUUGUGCCACAUCCCAAUUGUCGAAAGUACUUCCGGUGUGUCCAUGGCAAGCCCGUGGAAUUCGAGUGCAAGGAGGGAACGGCCUUCCACACGGUCCUGAAUGUCUGCGAUUGGAUUGAGAAUAGCGAUCGCUACUACUGCACCCGCACGAAGAAGAAGCAAGAGGGUAACGAGGCCCACUAACUGUCCCAAAAUACAUAUUUCUAAAUUAUUUAAAACUCAAAAUCUAGCAUAAGGUGGGAAAAUCUUUAUUUACACUUAGAAGUAGGUGUCUAAGUAUUUUAAUUUAAUAGCAUUGUAGAGACUUAAAGUUGAUCGAGACGAAAGCAAUAAAAAUAAAUAUGACUUUAAAAACCAA